UCGAACAUGAUUGGCUAAGGAGGUGUCGAUCGAACAUGGUCGUGACAAUAUAAACAGAUGGUUAAUAAUUCCUUUCAAGAGUCUGCAAACGAGUAAAAAAUAAGUGUUUUUCCGAACUCAUAAGUUUUUCUGAAUAUAAUCGUCCAGAUACAGAUCUGAAAACGUCAUUUUCUGCCAGCCACAUCAGUGAUCCUCCAAGUAAUUUUACGGAAUUUUCUGUCAUGUCGGUGUCUCCAUCUUCUCCACCUGCAGAGAAUGGCCAAGUUUAUCCAAGCAUAGAUAAUUAUUUUGAGCCAUCAGAGGAGAAAGCAUUUGAUGCAACUCCUGACAGUGGAAUACAUGAUCUCAGUGCGACUGAUCCUGAACAAAGAGCCAAGCUUGAAGAAGAGUGGAGAAAUGAACUGGCAAAGACUGAAGAAGAGAUAGCUACACUGAGACAAGUUCUCUCAGCUAAAGUGAAAUAUGCUCAAGAUGUUAAAAGAAAACUUGGCAUUACUCCUUGGAAAGAAUUACGAGAAGAUGUUGAACAAAGUUUACGGAAUAUUCAAGAGACGCCUGCAAUCAAGGAAGUUGGAGGCAAGCUUGUUGAAUGGAAUAGUGCUAUCACGAGUGCACCCAU